UUGUCUGACCAGAACUUCUUUUUGAUGGACAACUAUAACCUUUCAGAAAGGAUUAACAUUCAACCGCACACCUGUGAGCUGUGGCUGGAAUUCGAUGGUAUGUUUGAAGUAAAAAGAAAAUGAAUCAAACAGAGGUGAUAGAGAGAUAAAUCAUGUCUUUGAUUGGUCCUCUCCCUCCUCUUGCCUCAAACACCAUUCCCAAACUGAAAACAAUCAAUCCAAGCAUUGGAACCAAGUUCCUACCUAAUCUGCUCUCUCUGGCUCUUGCAGUGACCUUAACCUCUCCACUACCUUCUUCUGCAAUCCCUUCACUCAAUUCUCAACCUCCUUCAACCUCUCUCACCACUCCAUUUUCUCAAGCCAAGAACUUGAAGGUUGGACUGGAAAAUGGAAAAAUUAGAACUUGUCCAUCAAUCAAUCCGGGUUGUAUAUCAUCCAAUCCCAAGUCAUCAUCGUUUGCGUUUCCUUGGCUGAUUCCUGAAAAUUCGUUGGAUAACCCCAUUCAGAAACUGCGUGAAGCAAUUCUAAAGACCCAGAAAAAUGUGAAGUUCCUACUUGUGGAAGACACCCCAGAUGGCCAAUAUAUGCAAGCUGAAGUUGAUGCAGGAUUUGAUAGAGAUGUGCUUGAGUUUCUGGUGAAAGGUGAAGUGGUUGCUUACAGAUGUAUGGCAACAAAAGUAACUUAUGUAUACCCUUUCACUACUGCAUUUGGAGAUUCAAAGGGUCAAGAAGCAAGACUCAAGCAAAUUAAUGACCAGUUGGGCUGGUAUGCUCCAAGUUUUGAUUCCAUGGAAUAGUGUUGCUUGAAACUUUUAUUUUUGUUGGCUUAGUUCUUUGAUUGGUAUGUACUAUGUAGCUAAAUGCCUUUGUUAUUAUAAUCUGCCUUGUGACGGGAAAUUUCAUGGUUUUCCAGCUUAUAUUAUCAUAAUGCUCAGUGUCUCAGACUCA